GAAAAAAUGCAGAGAAAAGAAAUAGGAAGUCAUGACGAGCUACAGCUGUUUCAUCACAAGGCACCGAUACGAAGGCAGAACUGCAAGGCAAGGCAAGGCAACACAUGGGCAACAUUGCGAGACAACACUCGACCUGUCCACCCUCAGGUGUCCACCCUUCACGGCAAGCUGUUGUUCUCGGUCUCAUUUCUGGCUUCCUGAGACAGACCGGCCAGCUGCCACGCCUGUGAUACCCUCACAGUACUUUCCCAGAAUUCAUAAAGAUCAAUAGUUCUUCGCAGCUUUAACAACAACAAGAUCUGUUGCUGGUGUGAACACUGACACUACACGAGGUACACAGUACAAGGCAUGAUGAAGGCGUCAGGCGAUAAACAGUGCACACGCGGGACUGAGUCACUGAGUAAACACAGUGCAGUGCGCCGCGGGUGGCGCGAAGCAGUGCACUCUGGUGGCGAGGAGACAAAAUUGUAGCCAUGCCAGUGAAGUGUACUGCAGGUUGUGGGAGUAAUGCAGUUUUAAAGAGACCAAAGACAGGGGAUGCGUUGUGUAAGGAGUGUUUCUUCCGAGCCUUUGAGGAGGAGGUUCACCACACCAUUACAGCAGCAAAGCUUUUUGUGCCUGGCGACUAUGUUGCUAUUGCUGCAUCAGGAGGCAAAGACUCCACUGUACUGGCAUAUGUCAUGAAGCUUCUUAAUGAUCGGUACAACUAUGGCCUGAAGCUGGUGCUGCUCUCUGUUGAUGAAGGAAUCACUGGUUACCGGGAUGACAGCCUAGAAACAGUGAAGCGCAAUGAGCAGCAGUAUGGAAUUCCUCUUAAGGUAGUGUCAUAUGAGGAGCUUUAUGGCUGGACUAUGGAUCGCAUUGUGCAGCAGACAGGCCGCCGAAGCAACUGUACAUUUUGUGGAGUGUUCCGGCGACAGGCCCUGGACCGGGGAGCUGCCCUGCUGGGGGUGGACAAGAUUGUCACGGGACACAAUGCAGAUGAUAUUGCUGAGACUGUCCUAAUGAACAUCCUGCGUGGGGACGUGGCCAGACUGCAGAGGUGUACUGCCAUUGUUACGGGUUCAGAGGGAGCCAUAUCAAGGUCCAAACCUUUCAAGUACACUUAUGAGAAAGAAAUUGUGAUGUAUGCUUACUUCAAGAGGCUUGAUUACUUCUCAACAGAGUGUAUCUAUUCCCCAAAUGCUUACCGGGGCCACGCUCGAGUCUUCCUCAAAGAUUUGGAGAAGGUGCGGGCAACCUCCAUUAUUGAUGUGAUACACUCAGGUGAAAGUUUCUCAGUGCGUGAGGGCGUGAAGAUGCCCACCCAGUCCACUUGUGAGAGGUGUGGCCAUGUGUCGUCUCAAGCGGUGUGCAAAGCCUGUGUUCUGCUGGAAGGCCUCAACAAAGGCAAGCCAAGGCUGGGCCUGGGGAAGUCAUCAAAGGUUGAGGAACAUUUGGCAAGCCAGUCCACAGAUUCCUCUGGUACCACACAGUCACCCACAAAGGCACCACAUGCAGCACAACCAUCACUCUCAACCACACACUCAACACAAAAUGCCCUCAGGAGUUUACAUAAUUUAGAUUUCUAGCACUAUAUGAAAUAUUUUAAUAAAUCAUGUUAUGAAACCAU